UUUAUUUUAUUUUUGAAAUACGAAAAAUAUGCGUGCUUGAGCCUCUAACUACCUCCUAUAUAAAUGAUGAAAGAAAAUGUUAGGUGUGAGAAGUAUAUAUCCUUAUCCCAACUUUGGAAUUUCAAAUCGUUUGAUUAUUAAGUUAUUUGUUUGUUGUGGAAAUUAAAUAUGAUUCAAAGGGCCGCACCUGCAUCCAUUCGUAAAUUGUUUGAAUUUUCAUCUCUGCGCCGGCAGGUUGAUUUUAGGUACUACACAGCUCAGGUUGCAACAUCUUUAAGACCUUGUAAUUACAGUGCCGAUGAAGUUUUCCCUGUUGUUGAUUGGGACAAGCUUGGAUUCGGGUUUACACCAACUGAUUAUAUGUACAUAACGAAAAGUUGUGAUGUUGCUGGAAAUUUCAAACAAGGCCAACUUAAUGGCUAUGACAAUAUUCAACUCAGUCCAUCUGCUGGUGUCUUAAACUAUGGACAAGGUUUGUUUGAAGGAACAAAAGCUUAUAGACAAGAUAAUGGAGGCCUCUCUCUAUUCCGUCCUCGUGAAAAUGCCAUUAGAAUGCAGAUUGGAGCUGAAAGAAUGUGUAUGCCCUACCCUUCCACAGAUCAAUUUGUGGAUGCUGUCAAACAAACCGCUCUAGCUAAUAAGCGAUGGAUUCCGCCUCCUGGAAAAGGUUCACUUUAUAUUAGGCCUCUGCUUUAUGGAAGUGGAUCGAUACUCGGAUUAGCUCCAGCACCUGAGUACACUUUCCUUGUCUAUGCUUGCCCUGUUGGAAACUAUUUCAAGGAAGGAACAGCACCAUUGAACUUGUAUGUCGAUGAAGAAUUUCAUCGUGCCUCACGUGGUGGAGCUGGUGGAGUCAAAAGCAUUACUAACUAUGCCCCGGUUUUACGCGCCAUAAGGAAUGCAAGGGAGAGAGGAUUCUCGGAUGUACUGUACCUUGAUUCUGUAAAUAAGAAGUACAUUGAAGAAGUCUCGUCCUGCAAUAUUUUUCUAGUGAAGGGAAAGGUGAUUUCAACUCCAAUAGCAUGUGGAACAAUUCUUGAAGGAGUGACGAGAAAAAGCAUUAUGGAAAUUGCAAUUGAUCUUGGAUAUCAGGUUGAAGAACGUUUAAUCGAAGCUGAUGAAUUGAUCAGUGCAGAUGAAGUGUUCUGCACCGGAACAGCAGUUGGUGUUGCUCCUGUAGGUAGUAUCACUUAUAAAGGCCAAAGGAUCGAGUAUAAAAUAAGGUCAGAGUUAGUAUGCAAGAAACUUUACUCAACACUUGUAGGGAUACAAAAAAGGCAUAUUGAGGACAAGAGGGAUUGGAUUGUUGACAUUGAAUAAUUCUAGCUUCUUCUUUCAUGGAUUAUUAAAUAUGCAAUGUACUAAUCAUGUGUAAAUUGUGAAACAGUAGUACAGAAAUUUAUCGUUGUUUGGGUAAAACUAUUGUCUGUCAACAAAUCUGUAUAUAAUUCACAAUCGAUCUUCCAAUGCAUUUUAAGUAUAUAUUGAGGAUAGUAAUUUAUAAAUUAGUAUUCAGGUGAGGAGAAAUGUCCUUCAAUGAUUAGUUUGGCUCCGUAAAAAGUUUAGGCAUUGGUGGUGUGUUUGGUAAAAAGUUUAGGAACAUGAACUUGUUCAAAGGUGAAAGCACAAUAGACAUCUCAACGAUGUAACACCCCGAGUUCAACCCCGAAUAAGCCUCCAAUACAUUUGACAUUUUCCAUUCUCCUACUUUCUUUCGAACUGUUUCUGUACUAGUAUUCUUCAAGAUUUUCUUGGUAUUAUUUAUCUUUCUUUAAAAGGCAAUUCGUGGUACUAUUUAUCUUUCUUCAAAUGGCAAAAGAGGUGUUCUGUUAAUGGAUGGAAUUUUCUAAGACAGCUGUUGCUCCUCUUGAAUCUGUUGGCCUGUCUGUUAUAUUUGUCCACCCAUAUCAGCACCAAAGUAAUGCAAGAUAUAUGUCUUUAAGAUAAACUUUUUUUAUCUUUAAACCACAUUUAAUUACUAUUUAAUUUUUUUAAUCUCACUCCACCUGUUAUAUUGAUUGGUUUUGGUGCAAAUGAGUAUUUAGGGACUGAUCCAAUGUUCUUUUAGUGGUCUAUUUUAUUCGGCAAGUUAACAUUUGAUUUAUGACUUGUGUGUCUCUUCCUCAAGUUUCUGUGAUCCACCUAGUUUUCUAAUCCAGGGGAAAAAUGAACUCUGGUUAUGACGAGCUUGAAGGUAGAAUGAGAUGCUUGAAGAACCUUACUGACUUUUAGAAAUUUACAAGUGGAUCUAAUGGUUGGAAGUUCUUCUAGCAUUAUGAAAUUUGUCUGCUGUCACCUUUUUGGAAGUUCAACUUAAUAAUUGUGUUGGUAGAAUAUUACUCAAAUGAUGGGGUGAGCAUCUAGUCCAGGAACCUUUGUAAUGUAGUUACUCAAUUACUAAUAAGUAGAAAAAUAUAGUGAACCCUUAGUAUGAGGGGCUUUAGAAUCUGGGACGAUUAAAUUCCUUAUCUUUGAUUUCUCUUCUACGCAGGCAUGAGAAGUUUAAUUUAGGAGCUUGGGGCUAUCAGGAUCCUUUACAAAAAAGUGCUACGACAGAAAGAGCUCUAGGUCUUUUCAGGUGAUGGAUCCACAGCUUGUCUCAAUUGAACUAGGAGCAGAGGUGAACCAAGGUUUCGAAGACUACUGGUGCGCCACUAUCUUUUGAUUUUUUGGUUAUUGAAGGCAAAAAAAGGAAAAGACAGUGGUGUCUACGUUGGAUUCGAACCCACAACAUGCUGGGCAAUAGUAGCAGCUCCAACCAACUCGUUUAAGUGAGGUGCACCCUCACGGCAGUGGUGGAGCCAGGAAUUUAACAAAGGGUGUCCAGAAAUAGCAAUUUGUUAUGUUAAGGGUGUCCAAAAUAUGUUAUUUAAUAAUUUCGUAUAUCAUUUUACUUAUAUAUAUGAUAUUUUUUUAAACGAAGGGUGUCCAAUUAUGUGGCUACGCCACUGCCUCAAGGAUCAAUGUAGGUCUGCCUCUGACUAGGAGGUGUAUUAUUUA